AUGGCACCGUCAAAGUCGAAGGAGAAAAAGGAGAUGGCAAAAACAAACCGUCGUAAACAGCCUGCUACUAGCAAAAACCCGACACCUAAUACAGCAUCUGAGGGUCAAGCACCAGCAGAUUUGGCUGAUCAAUUGUCAAAAGCUAAGAAUCGUGCUCAAAUGUACGAGUUGGUUAAAGGGCACGCGGCUGGUACAGUUCCUGAAUUCUUGAAACACCUGCCAGAAUGUGUUCGUCUUCCAAUACCGAUUCGAGAUGCCAGACGAUUUAAAGUUGGUCAGGAUGAAGAGUUCUUCCCAGGGCAAUAUGUGAGAAUGGAAGGCGCAGAAUACAUUGUUGUACAAGCACCAACAAAGAAAAAUUACCCCUUGAUUUGGAGAGCAGUUCAACAGGAUCGUGUGAGAUUGAUGGUGUGUCUUUGUCACGACGAACAGAUGAGCAAUUCGGAUGACUCAAAAUGCUAUACCUACUUUCCAACCGAACCCGAACAAACGAUGGAAGUAGAUCAAAAGAAGGGAAAAUUCACAAUCGUCUGUAAAUCUCGUGAUGGUCUGAGCAUGGGAGCAACGAAGUAUGAAGUGGAAUUGACGGACAGUGAAGCGAUUGUAGAUAAGAACAGUGAUGAUCCGAAUGCAGUGAAUGAGAAGACUUGUAGAAUUCUCAUUUUCCAUAUGAAUACGUGGAGCGGACAGAAACCAGAAUCGGGCAAUGUUUUGGAACAGGCACUGAAUGUUGCUCUCUUCUUUCGUGAAGUUAAGAAGCACGAGAUGAAUAUUCUUCGCAAGAGUAUGGAGAACUACGUAUCACCUGUCAUGCUUCAAUCAUUCGAUGGAAUCAACCGUUCUGCUGUCGCCUGGGUGGCAUUGAUGUUGUUGAGAGAUGUUGAGAAACGAGAGUGUUUUGAUGUUCCGAAUCUGAUGAAGUCGAUCAUGAAAUGGCGUAUGGGAUCCAUUUCCAACUACUACCAGUUCUGUUUCUGUAUGGCCGUCUGUUUGCAUAUUGGAAAGGAUGUCAAGUGGUGUGAGAAUGACUGCAACACUGCUCUGGCCGAUUUGACUGCAAAGUUUGGCGAAAGGAAAUUGAAUGAACUCGGGAAUUUGGCUGUCUAG